ACUACUGAGUUAUGUUGUUUGGACUGUUCAAAAAUAUGAUUAGACGCUUGUUGGAUCCUAAAAAGUAGUUCAUUUUUGGAUGAUCUGACAUGGGUUCUGAGCAAUAUAGCUUCUAAGUACUGGUUUGGUUAACAUAUAAUGGAAUUAUGUUUCUUGCUUUCAAUGCUUUUACUAGUGUUUCUUGUUAUUUUCAUUGAGGAGUUCUUGAAAUGUUUGGAAUGUUUAUUAGGAUAGUAAGAACUUACUGGAGAGCUAUCUUGCUUGGACUCUUUGAAAAUAUUGUUAGAUCCUCUAAAAGUAGUGCAUUUUUGGAGAAUCCGAUAGGCAGAGUAAAAAUAUUAUUCAACUGAAUCCCCUAAGUUGAAAUAUUAUUCUAUGGAAAUAGAGUAAAAAUAAUUUUAUAUUUAUAAAUUGUUGAAUCCCCUUGUUUGAAUUUCUAGCUCCGCCACUGACGGGUGCAACAAGAUAUUUGGAGAGUCAGAGCAACAUAGCUGGAGAGUGAAUAGUUUGAUUGUGCUUUGUGAAAGUGUGAAUUGCUUAAUUAGGUACAAAUUCGUAGGAGUUUGGUACAAGAAGAUAUUAGGAAAUUCCAUUCAUCACCGAGGAUAUUUAGUUGAUAAGAAUAGAAAACUAUUCCAACAUUUAGCUAAUUAUGUUCUUGAACUGAUUUUUUCCUGCAAUUGUCAUUUGAGUUCAGUGAUUCUGAGAAAUUUCAUGAAAAGAUCCAGCACAGAGGCGGAUCCAGGAUUUGUUAUAUUUAAUGAGUUCAACUUUUAAGAUUCGUAGCAUUAUAUUGUUAAAUUAUGAGUUCAGAUCUUAUAUUUUGUUGAUGUUUUAGUAGGUUUUCCCUUUUCUUAUAGUUUAGUAUUAUUCGUUUCUUUCCCUUAUUUUUUGAUUUCUAUCACUACUUGGUAUUUCACUUCGAUAUCUGAUUAUCUUGUUGUUGUGUUUGUUUGUUUCUAUUGCCUCUUUUUCACUAUUUGUUCAGACGAGGGUCAUCUUUUGGAAACAACCUCUCUACCUUCGAGAAGGUAGAGGUAAAGUCUGUGUACAUUAAUUCUACCCUCCUUAGACCCGACUUGUGGGAUUACACUGAGUUUGUUGUUGUUGUUGUUGUCUGUACACCGUGUCGAAAGUUAUGGGUUCAAAUGAACUCGUAACCAAAAGACUACAUCCGCCCCUGAUUUAGCAUAGAAGUAUCUUACUAUGAACUGAAAUUUAUCCAUUUUACUUUUGGAGGUUUUAGAAGAAAUUUUGCCUACAACUACAUUGUGGUUUAGAUGUGCAGAACAACUGUUUCGGGGAUCGUUAGGAUUUGUAAAGAUGGAAAUGGAGAAAACAUGUGAAUUUUGCAUGUUAUUGAAGCCAGUGGUGUAUUGUGAGGCUGAUGCAGCACACCUUUGCUUAUCCUGUGAUGCUAAGGUUCAUUCAGCUAAUGCCCUCUCUAAUCGGCAUCCUCGUACCCUUGUCUGUGAGUCCUGUGGACACAACCUGGCUUAUAUACGAUGUUCGGAUCAUCAAACGUUCAUGUGUCGUGACUGUGACCGCCGCCAUCAUGAUCUCUCUUCUCAACACCAGAGAAAAGUGAUCACUAGUUAUAUGGGGUCUCCUUCUGCCAAGUAUUUGGCAGCAUUAUGGGGAUUUGGCUUGAAAGAUUUGGAAAAUGCCACUCCACCAGAUCAGUUCAUCUCAACAUCGAACGGUAAAGUAAAUGGAGCUAAGGUCACUCCAAAAAGUUUUAAACGGUCUCACUCGUCACCGGGGGGCUCUUCCUUAGCUUCUGAACUUGACUUCACUGGUCUUGUUGUCUCUCCAGAAUCAGAAGUGGGAUCAACUAGUAACUACACUAAGGCGUUAUGCUUGCGUAAAUGGAGGGAGAACAAUUCUCUCAUUCUACAGCAGAUUCUAGACUUGGAAAGACUUCAGCUUACUGAGGGCAGUAACAAUUUAUCAAGUGGAGAAAGUCUAAAUAAUGUUUCGUCAUUGAAAAAUUGUACGUCAUGGAAUAUGCAUAACAAAAUUGAUCGCUUGCAGAACUCACUUGAUCUUGGCCCUGAACUUCAGGAUUGGGGCAGUACUCAUGAAAGUCCAGUUGCUGAAUCUUUUCCAUUACCUUUGCCAGAUGGAGAUUCGUUCUGGGAAUGUAAAAGUCCGGUUCAAAGUAGUCAGCUUUGGCCUCAAAAUCUGCAAGACUUAGGAGCUUAUGCUGAACUAGAAUGUUUCGAUAAUUCCAAUAUGCCUGAUGUUGAUUUGACCUUCCAAAACUUUGAAGAACUCUUCGAUGAGGAGCAGGAUCUGAACAACACACUGCUUGAGGAGGAUAUGACAUGCUCAUCUAUGGAGAAUGAUUCAUCGAUAGAUAGAUCAGAUUACAGUUAUGUCAAGAAGGACAUAUCAACAGCUUCAUCGGUCCAUACAGGACAGUCAACUCAUUUUGGCCAAGGCCACGGUGAGCACAUUCCCACAAUCAAGGAUUGUCCUCCGCCAAUUAGAACAAACUUCUCGUCAUUGUCCUUCUCAGCAUCAAGGCUGAGCAUUGAAAGCAGUGGUAAUGAGUACGUGGAUUCACCCGCUGCCAACGAGGAGGAGGUUUCAUGUAAUUCACAGAUGGACAGUAAAGAGAAUCUAUUAGCAAUGCAUAAAGAAAAAAAGAAGGCUCGGCUUUCUGUAUUCAGGUAUGAGAAACAAGCUCGGAAUACACCUCGAAGAGCUAGGACUAACUUAAAAAAGCAGCCGAUAAGAGGGCAGGUCCUAAAGGCACACUGUUAUGAAUCGGAUGCAAUUAAUAUGUCUCGAAGCUUUUAAAAAUCACUCUGGUUGAAUGUGUGAGACUUGUGUACAUACCAUCAAGCAUCACUCAGUAACUCAAGAAUAUCUUUCCCAACAUCUGUUGUAUGUUGCUUCUGUCAAUUCUUUCUUCUUUACAUUGUGUAAAGCCUAAUUUUUUAUUCUAACAGAAUAAUGGGAUAGCUUUCAUCCUGGCUUUUUAUGUUUGUGGACUGUUAUCAUUCUCUUAAACACAUCUUGAGAAGCAUUAGUGCCAAAUGUCAAGGAAUUACUUUCAUUUGCCCA